CACAAUGGUGCUGGCGGCGGCGGACCGGGCUGCGGUGCGCGCGCUGUGGCUGAAGCUGGGGAGCAACGUCGGCGUCUACACGACCGAGGCCCUGGAGAGGACCUUCUUGGCCUUCCCUUCCACCAAGACCUACUUCCUUCAACUGGACCUGAGCCCCGGCUCCGCCCAGGUCAGAGACCACGGCCAGAAGGUGGCCGACGCGCUGACCCUCGCCGUAGACAACCUGGACGACCUGCCCGGCGCCCUGUCGGCUCUGCGCGAGCUGCACGCGCACAAACUGCGUGUGGACCCCGUCAGCUUCAAGCUGCUGGCCCAUUGCCUGCUGGUGACCCUCGCCCGGCACUACCCGGGAGACUUCAGCCCCGCCAUGCAGGCCUCGCUGGACAAAUUUCUGAGCCACGUGAUCUCGGCGCUGGCCCCCAACUGUCGCUAAAUUGGGAGGGUGGUCGCGUGGGGCUCCAGUGUUUGAGUAAAGGCAGC